UAGUUGGGGCACUCGGUGCGCGAUGUGUUACUUACGGCGAAACUCCCGCCGGCGCUGGCAGCACCAGCGGCACCAGCAGCAGCAGCGGCGGUCGGGGAGCCUUAGCGGCGUCGCCGGUACUCGAGCCAGGGAGGACGCCGGGCGGCCGCCAGCAGCACCCGCUGCCUAGAGGUUGACAGCGGAGGAUCCCGCUGCGGCUCCGAGCACUGCGCUCUUCUACGAAGGAAUAACUUUAUUUUGCCUGCUUCCCUCCGUCCUUCCUUUUUUUCUUUCUUUUUUUAAAUUUUUUUUUCGCCGCGGCGCUCGGGCUCCGGAUCCGCUCAGCGCCGGCGACAGCAGCGAGAGGAGCCGGGCGGCGCUCCCGCCGCGGGGCUGGGGAUGGCGAGCCCGGCUGUGCUGGGGCUGCUGCCCCCCCUGAGCUCCCCGCCCGGCCCCAACCUGAACAACAACAACAACAACAACCAGGGCGUCAGGAAGUGCGGGUACCUGCGCAAGCAGAAGCACGGCCACAAGCGCUUCUUCGUGCUGCGCGGCCCCGGCGGCGGUGGGGAGGAGGCGGGGGGUGCCCGGCUGGAGUACUACGAGAGCGAGAAGAAAUGGAGGAACAAGUCUGGGGCGCCCAAGCGGGUGAUCGCCCUGGACUCCUGCCUCAACAUCAACAAGCGAGCGGACGCCAAGCACAAGUACCUCAUCGCCCUCUACACCAAGGACGAGUACUUCGCUGUCGCGGCCGAGAACGAGCAGGAGCAGGAGGGCUGGUACAGGGCUCUCACCGACCUGCUCAACGAGGGCAAGGCGGCCUGCCAGGGGUCCCCCUACCGCCACCUCGCCUCCCCCUUCUCCGCCUCCUGCGGCGCGGCCGCCGCCUCCCUGGCCGCGGCCGGCGAAGACCUUAACUACGGGCUGAUCGCGCCGGCCACCGCUGCCUACCGAGAGGUCUGGCAGGUGACGCUGAAGCCCAAGGGCUUGGGUCAGAGUAAAAACCUCACCGGCGUCCACCGGCUCUGCCUCUCGGCCCGCACCAUUGGGUUCGUGCGCCUCAACUGCGAGCUGCCCUCGGUCACGCUGCAGCUGAUGAACAUCCGCCGCUGCGGCCACUCCGACAGCUUCUUCUUCAUCGAGGUGGGGCGCUCGGCCGCCACCGGCCCCGGCGAGCUCUGGAUGCAAGCGGACGACUCGGUGGUGGCCCAGAACAUCCACGAGACCAUCCUGGAGGCCAUGAAGGCGCUGAAGGAGCUGUCCGAGUUCCGGCCCCGUAGCAAGAGCCAGUCCUCCUCCUCCUCUUCCUCCGGGGGGGCCGGCGGGCCCGGCGGCAGCGGCGUCUCCGCCACCCAUCCCAUCACCGUGCCCGGUCGCCGGCACCACCACCUGGUCAACCUGCCUCCCAGCCAGACCGGCCUCCUCCGCCGUUCCCGCACCGACAGCCUCGCCGCCGGCGCCAGCACCAAGUGCACGCCGUGCCGGGUGAGAACUGCCAGCGAGGGCGACGGCUGCCGGGUGGGCUCUGCGGCCGGCAGCCCCAUGAGCCCGGGCCCUGUGCGGACCCCCCUGAGCCGCUCGCACACGCUCAGCGGCGGCGGCGGAGGGCGACAGGCAGGGAAGCUGCUCCCGGUGCUGGCCGGCGGCGGCGGGCUGCAGAGCAGCCGUUCCAUGUCCAUGCCCGCCUCCCACUCGCCCCCCUCCGCCACCAGCCCCAUCAGCCUGUCCUCCAGUAGCGGCCUCGGCUCCGAGCCUGCCCACCCGCAUCACCCGCAGCGCCCGUCCAGCGGCAGCGCCUCCGUGUCCGGCUCCCCCAGCGACGCCGGCUUUAUGUCCUUCGACGAGUACGGCUCCAGCCCAGGCGGCGACCUCCGGCCUUUCUCCUCCUCCUCCACUGCCAGCAACCGCAGCAACACCCCCGAGUCGGUGGCCGAGACCCCCCCAGUGCGGGACCCGGGGGGCGGCACCGACCUCUACGGCUACAUGGCGAUGGAGCGGCCCCCGAGCGGCCGCCUCUGCUACCGGCCCUGCCCCGACGCUGCCAGCGACAGGUGCCAUCGGAAGCGGACCUACUCCCUGACCACGCCGUGCCGGCAGCGACCCGCCGCGCCGCAGGUUUCCUCCGCCUCCCUCGACGAGUACACGCUGAUGCGCGCCACCUUCGCUGGCAGCGCCGGCCGCCUCUUCUCCUCCUGCCCAGCCGGGGCUUCCCCCAAAGUGACCUACACCCCCUACCCGGAGGACUACGGGGACAUCGAGAUCGGUUCUCACCGCAGCUCCGGCAGCAGCAGCACCAAUCUGGGCCCGCCGGCAGUGGGGGGAGGAGGGGGAGAUGAUGACGGCUACAUGCCCAUGACCCCCGGUGUGGCCGCAGCCUUAGGGCAGGGAAGCCGGGGAAGCGAUGAUUACAUGCCCAUGAGCCCCACCAGCGUGUCUGCCCCCAAGCAGAUCCUGCAGCCCCGGGCAGGGGUGGGUAGCGGGUCCCCGGGGAACGGGAGCAGCUACAAGACCAGCUCGCCUGGGGAGAGCUCCCCUGACGAUAGCGGGUACAUGCGGAUGUGGUGCGGCUCCAAGUUGUCCGUGGAGAGCUCAGAUGGAAGGCUGAGUAACGGCGACUAUAUCAGUAUGUCCCCUCGGGACCCCAGAAUGGGCCCCAAGCUCCCUCCCUCACCCCCCCCGGACUUCUUUUUUGCCCCUUCAGGGCGUGGGUCCAGUGAGCCCCCAAAGCCCAGCUGCUAUUCAUACAGCUCCUUACCCCGCUCCUACAAGAGCCAGGGCUUGGCAAAGGACAGCGACCAGUAUGUCUUCAUGAACUCCCCCGGGAGGAUGAUCCCGGAGGAGGCGGUGUGUGGAGCGAGCCAGUUGCCUGCGGGCACCUUCGCCCCCUCCAGCCACACGGUGCCUUCCCCCCUGCGGCACAGCCGGACCGAGAGCUUUCUUAGCCAGCGGUGCCCGCGGGUGGCCCGGCCCAGCCGCCUCUCUUUGGAGACCUUGCGGACGAUGCUGCCCAGCAUGAAUGAGCACCCUCUGCCGCCUGAGCCCAAGAGCCCUGGUGAAUACAUCAACAUUGACUUCGGGGAUGCUGCCGUCUAUUCUCCCCCCUCGCUGCCUGCUGACAGCCCAGCCUCCUCCCUGGGCUCAGGCACAGGGCAGAGGCGGUCCCCUCUCUCUGACUACAUGAACAUUGACUUUGGGUCACAGUCACCCUCCCAGUCGGGCACGGUCUCAGUGGGCUCCUUGGAAGCUCUCUCUCCAGGUUCUUCCUCCAGCACCAGCCAGCCCAAUGGGCGCUACCUGAAGGCGGCUGUGGGGAUGGCUUGUUCGUCCAGCCCAUCGGAUGGCGGUGAUUACACCGAGAUGACCUUUGGCAUGGCCACUACCCCACCUCAACCCAUUGUUCAAAAACCAGAAAGUGCCCGGGUCACCAGCCCCACAUCUGGCAUGAAGAGGCUCACCCUCUCUGGGGUGGAGGCUUUCAUUCUCUCCAGCCCUCCCCCAGACCCGAAUCGGGGGGCCAAAGUAAUCCGGGCAGAUCCCCAGGGGCGGAGGAGGCACAGCUCAGAAACUUUCUCCUCUACCACCACUGUGACCCCAGUGUCCCCCUCCUUCGCACACAACCCCAAACGGCACAACUCAGCCUCGGUGGAGAAUGUGUCCCUCAGGAAAAGCGAAGGCCUGGAGGAGGAGCAGGGUAGCAGUCCCAUGUGCCGGGAGACCUCGGCUGGCUUCCAGAAUGGCCUCAACUACAUCGCCAUUGAUGUGGUGGAUGGGUCCUUGGCAAACUGUGACAAAUCCAGGUUGAAAGCUAGGCACCUCCUGAAUGGGGGCCUCAAUGGAGUAGAGAUGAGCACCUAUGCCAGCAUAGACUUUCUGUCUCACAACCUGAAAGAAGCCAGUGCUGUGAAAGCUUCUAAACGCAGAUCACAUGGAGGAGUGGUGCGGGGAGGCUCGUUGGGAUUGACCCUAUCUGUAGGAGGUGGGCUGUCUUCUCCAGCACCUCGCUUCCCUGAGAAGGGUGCCAGCCUGUAGGGUCCACUCAGAGGUACGGGAUGCAGGGAUGGAUGGAUGGAACCAGAGUCAGGUCAAGGUAGUAAGGAAGAACCUCACACCACCAGCCAGCAUCCUCAGCCGACAGUGGGUUGGGUACCAAAAACGGGGCAUCAGGUUAAUUGCACUUGUGGCAGCCAAUCUGGGAAAGUCACAGCGUGGGGAAGGAGAAAUACAUCAUAAAGGACUUAAUUGGUGUAAGUUUAAUCAAAUAAUAAACUUCUGCAAAUUUCCUAGUUUCCCCUUUUGGUUUUCAUUGGGAUUUCACACUAAAGUUUGUUUAUGCAAGAUCUUCUGCCAGUGCUUAAAAAGGUCACCCAGAAUUUUGCUGAUGGAUUUGAGUUUCAAACAUUGUGAUUUGGGACACUACUAAGAAUUUUGUUUUACUGAGAAACAUAUUCUGUUUAAAGAGAACUGUAUUUUGUGCCUAGAAAAGGUUACUUCAACAGUAGUAAUUUUGGUGGAUUUGAGAAAACAUAAUUCUGUAAAAAUUAUUGAUUUGCACAAGAGAGAGCUUAUAUAAUCAGCAUUGUUUGUUUAGUUUGCACUUUUUUCAAACUUUGUUUUUAACUACAUUAGAAAAGUGAAAAGUUUUACUUCAAGAGUGCAGUCAUUUUGAAAUGAUGGAGAAUCCAUUUCUGUUUAAUAUUUAGAACAGGAGACUCUUGAGAUAUACAAAGUAUACAAACAAGCUCCUUGUAAUUACCUUCUCAGAAAAUUAAUAUUUUGAUUUGUGCAAAAUACAUGUAAAAAUCAUGCAUUGAGCUAAUCUUUAAGGAUUUUGAUUUGUGCAAAAUACAUGUUAAAAAUCAGUUUGACUUCUUCCUUGAGGUCUGUAGCAGUAGUUACAUUUUCAUGUGGAUAAAUGCUUUAAGGAAAAUUAUUUGUAUAAUUUUAAGGUGGCUGACUUCUAUGUGUAGUGUAUUUCUCUGCUCUCGGUAACUUGCCUCUGCUGUAGGGAGUGCUUUGCUUUUGCAAGUCUCUGUCCAUAUUAUCCUGUCAUGACAAGAGCAAGGAGUGCAUCCGCAGCUGCUGUCAAAACAGAGCAGUUAAAAUGUUACUUGAAAUUAUUGCUUCAUUUAGUUCUACUGUGUUCUAAAAAUGUGCAAAUAUUUAGGAGUUGGAGAAACAAUUGCCUUCAUCUGAUAUGUAAAUAAAAUAAUACUGUUAUUGGUGGGUUAAAACUUACUAAUUGCUAAUAACUAGCCUUUGUUCUUAAACUAUGACUUUUUUUUUGUUUAGAGACAUGGACUGUGAAUGGCUUUCAUUAUUUUUGGAGAUGUUUACAUUGAUUUUUCUCAUAAAGUGUGAAUUAUUUAUUCCAAUUUAUUUAUGACAGGUUACAGUCAACAAUGAUGUGACUUUUUAUGGUGGAUCUUAGCUCUGAAGUCAAAGUUGAAGUCAGAUAGGACUUUUGUUUCUGUCUCAGUAGGGUUAAGAUUUUACCCUUUGUGUGUAAUUCUGGAAUUCUUAGUUAAGAUUACCAUUAAAUUUAGUGGAUGUAUAAUAGGGAAUUUUCCUUAAUCUAAAUCACCAGAGUGGGUUAUCUUUAAUUUUGUUUUCUUUUCCAUUCACAGAGUGCUCUGUAGUUUCAACUUGUACAUGUUUCUAGUAGUUGGCCUGGUUUUCUAAAAUUGAAAUGAUACUAUAUGUAAUAAUGCAAAAAACCUUGAGGGUUCUUUCCCUCCUCUGUCAGUUUCUUUUGCCUUGAUUUGUUUGAAGAAGUCAUCAUCUGUAAUGCAUCUGCUUAAAAUUGUAAUAAGGUGAUUUUUGAUAAUAAUGAUCCUCCCCUUGCACUUGCCUUGUCAAUUAGCUUUAAGUUUUGUAAGGGCUUUAUGCUUGCACCUAAACAAUAAAAAAGUCUAUCAUAAGAAAUCUCCUUCUCUGUCUUUCUAAUGGCAUUUUAGAUUGUGGAAGACAAACUUUGUUUCCUUUUUCUGUGGGAUUACUUUACACAAUGAAUUGUGUUAUUAAGUUGUUGAACUCCUCUUCCUGUGCCAGGUGCCAAAAAGUUUUGGUUCUCAGAGUGACAUGAGAAUGUUUCUCUUUAACAAAAUUAAUGCUCAUUUGAAAAUGACUUCUUGAAAGUGGUAAAAGAACUAUAUGCUAUGUUAGAAAUCUCGACAUCUUCUAGUCUUUUUUGAAUAAAUCUGUUGUAGUAGUUUCUCCUACUGCUAAGUUCUGUAAGAACAUCAAACUAACAGCAGAAAGAACUGAACUGCUUUUAAUUACUUACAUAGCUUGAGUUUUUAACCCACACUUAGAAUUAAAAAUAGGAAGUUUUCUUUUAAACAUCUUGAAAUUCACUUACUGUCUUUCAGAUGACACUUUGCAGGUGAUCAAACCAAAAUGGUUUGGUCUGAACCUAGCAGUGCCAUUCAUGAAAGACAAAAUGUAAACUGAAAUUAUCUAGGAUUAAAUGAAGCUUUUAAUACUUCAAAUUAUGUUGAUGAUAUGGGUGUCAGCUUGUUACAAGUGGAUAGAAUAUCAAGACAUCUAUUAGACUUUUUUUUUGCUUUAUACUUUAAAUUAUGCUUAGCUAUACUGCUUAUGGUUACUUUCAGUCAUUUAAGAUAAAUUGUUAUAGACCAAAUUGAAUGGUGGGUUUGUUCUAAAAUGAACCAGUGCAGUCAUUGCUCAAGGCAGAGGAAAUGCUUAGGUUGAUGUUUGCUUCUGAUUACGUGAUUUCUUUCAAGAUAGCUACAGAGACUAAUGUUCGUUUGUAAGUAGGAAGAAUAAAGGAGUGUUUUAGCAGAAAGAGUAUUAGGGCAUGUUUUAUAUGGUGGGGUUGGUUUGUUUUUGUUUUGUUGGGUUUUUUUGGGGUUUUUUUAAGAGAUACCAACAUGGGUUUCUUUACACUUGGCUUUACUCUUACUUUUAAAUAGUGUUAAUUACACUGGAAUCCUGAAGUGGUUUAUAAGCUGAAACACAGCAAGCACUGAAAAAUUUAGCCAGUUACUGUAUGGAAUCUAACUUCCCUCCCUAUUCAGCAGUUAAAUGGCAGCAUAAUUACAUCCAGGUAUUUUCUGUCUGUAAGUUUUUCUCUAAAAGCACCAUUAAUAUGUUUCUUUUUAAAGUAAUAAACAUCUAAAAAACGGUUGUAUCUGUGGCUUUUUUCUUCUGAAUUUGUUGAAAUAUAGUAUACUUUUUAUACUGGUUGCCCAUAUGUUUUUGUUCUUUGUGUCUAUGUUCAUUGUGUUAGUCGUGAUACAGCAAAUUUUGUGGAAUUUUUAACAUUAAGUUGAUACACAGUGUGUAAUAGCAAUUUAAAGUGUAUAUGUUAAAUUAGGAUGUGUAAUUUUGAAGUUUCACAACGCUCAGUUUUUUUGUAGUUUCUUACAAUGUUUGCUUUGAAGUGAUCUGUGUAUUCAUGGAAAUCAGUAUUAUCCCUUGAGUUUUCAGAAGAUGGUGUAGUGACCUCCAAAGUUCAGAUAUGUUUUCUUUGUGUCUGUUGUCUGGCAUGUAGUUGUUUUUAAAGUUUUGUGUGUAUGUAUGUAGGGGGUCAAGAGUGACAGCUUUCAGAAGCCAAGUUCAGCUCAAUAGUCCCGUUGUUGCUGGUUGUUGAAAAUGCUGGCUUUCCUGCAGCAGAGUUUUCAAAGGAAAACUUGUUUGUUUGUUUGUUUUGUUGUUGUUUUGGUGGUUUUUAUUUAUUUUUACACUUGUGUUUGUGUCAACAGCCUUUAGCUAUCUAGCAUGGUGCUUCUUGAAUUAGUCAGUCUGUCAGGGCUCUGGAGGACCAGCAGCAGUAAACAGAACCAGCAAAGGUGACUCCCAUGGUCUUUUAAAUGCAAGCUAUAAAGUAGCAUGCAUUUCCCCCUUCAUCUCUGUCAGCUUUGGAGGAAGCCAGGAUUACUGGUUUAGAUUGUAUUUGCAGUUUCCACACUAAUACAUGUAUACAGAAUGAAUCCCUUAGUUGUGGGGUUGUGUCUGUAGUUAACACAAGCUUUUAAAACUUGGGUAUUACAACCCUGAUGCAAACCACAGAAAAAUCGAUGCAAAGAUUGCUUACAUCUUUACAGAGGGUGACUUGAAAGUAUUUCUUGGCGUGCUAAAGUGCUAACACAUCUAGUUAUGUUUGAGGCUGGCUCAAAGACAGCCAGUAGGUCGUAAUCUCUGUGGAGCCAGUUAAACAGUAAUGAGUAACUUUCCUGAAGAAUAGGUGAGUGCCUGCUUAUUUCCAUGGAGUUAUGCUAUUGCUUGGUAGCUCAGGUGACAAACUGGAUACUAAACUGGGAAUGUUUAGGAAAGAUUUUCAAUCUGAUUAUGAGAAAUCCCUUUAGAAAUUAAUUUAAAAGACCAAGGACAAUACUUGGAGUUCUAUUAUUAUUUUUGCUUUUAAAAAUACUUCAAAACAUUCUUAAUUGUUUUUAUCAGUGAUGAUGACCCCAGUUAGUGUAUAGCUGUAUCAACAACAGUAAUUUUAAAAAAUCAAGUUCUUGCUCACAGUGCAGGCAAAUACUCUCUGGAAAGAGGCUUGCUACAAAUGAACAGUGGGGAGAUACUUUCCAAAAUAAAUAUAUUUGAUGCUAGGGUGGUUUUUGUGUUUAUUUUCAAAUCCAGAAUUGCCAUCUCAGUUAAAUAAAAGUUAUUACAGACUAUGUUUUUUAUCUCACUACAUCAAUCACAAAAAUAAUAAGGAAAAAACAAUUCAAGCUGCAAACCUAAGCCCCCACCUCUGAUGGUGACAUCUACACUGCAGAAGAGUAAUGUAAUAGCUUUAUUGCAUAGAUUAGGAGUGAUUCAGUGUUUUGUUUACAUUAUUUGUCAAUCUCUUCAGCAUCCUAGAGGAGAACACUUCCUUCCUGGCAGAUGGCAGCCCCAGGGCCAUGCACCUGCCAUUACAAGCACUACACAGAAGUAAUCUACCCCAGCAUCGCUGUUGACAAGAGGCUAAUGAUUGGAGACUGUCUGCCUGACAGCCUAAACAAAAUAGGAACAUAUUCGUCCUUCAGUGAGGGUCUGAGAGAUCUUAGAUAGGACAGGCAGGACAGUAUGCUGAAGAAUUACAGUGGAACUUAGUUUAGAUCUCUUUGGUAGCGUUUGUAGCCCGAGACACUUGUAACAUAAUCAUGCUUCAAAAAGCAAGCGGUGUCUCAAAGAAGGGAUUUUCUGUUUCUCUGGCAGAGCGCUGUGACGUGUGUUAGUGGCUCGGUGUUGGUGGGAGAAGGCUGGUGUGGUUGCGCGGGCUACGCGCCGUCCUCUGCGGCGCUGGCUGCCCUCGCUGCGGGCAGGGAGCUGGGCACACUUGGUACGUGGGGCCAUGAGCGCUCUUAGAAAGCCAGAAGGUCUCUUUGUUUGAGUGGCGUGUUUGGUGUUUGCAUAAUGCACUCCUAUUUCAAUAAUUUGAUUUGUGAUGUUUUGUGUUUUCAUUAUGACAUUAGACCACAGUCUCUUCUUUAAUUUUUUGUUCAUUUCUCUUAUGCCUAUGUGUGCAUUUGCUUUUCUUCUUUGGAACUAGUGUGGGCGAUGUUUCUAGGGGACACUACCCAAGGCAAGGGUAUCUUUGAACUAGGCCAGGAUGUUCUUUGCUAAAUUUAAAAACUACCCAAAUAUUACCCAGAGUUUGUAGGGUAUUAAGCAGGAUUACAUGACGCACGGAUUAGACAUUGUUGAGCAGCUUGUUUUUGUUUGAAGGGGUCAGAAAUGGAGGCACUGGGGCUCUAGGGUGAUGCAAAAAUAGCAAAUUUGCUGAUAAUCACGAACAGCAGAAGUUUGUUAGAAAGAGUAGGGCACUUUGCAGAAUUUUCCAAGUGUUCUCCAAGUGAUGCUUUAGUAAAAUUUGUUUGAUAUGUGCUGUGAUACAAAACUCACUGUUCUAUUGAGUUUCAAUUUCCAAAUCUGUUUCGGAGGUACUUUAGAGUAGACUAAGAACGCCACUGUAAGUGCAACUUGAGGCAGAGGACUUUGAUUCUCUUCAGUCAAAGACAAAUCAAUAAAUCAUUCCAGUAACAGUGGGAAAAUCAUGUCAAUGAAAUAAGAUCUAGGUUGGCUUUGAUUAGUCUCUCACAUUGUAUCCACUGAGGCAGUAUAUUAUUUUAAAAAGUGUUUAUGACAGUCAUGUCUACCUCAUUAAAUUGAGUGACAUUGUCAAGUUAAGGUAGGGAAUCAGAAUUAUGAACACUUUUUUUUCUAUUUUGGGUUGGGUUCGUUUGUUGGUGGGGGUUUUUUUGGGGGGUUUUUUGUUUGUUUGCUUGUUUGUGAUUUUUUUGGUUGGUUUAGUUUUGAUUUGAAUCUAGGCUUUUUCUCACCAGAAGUCAUGAUAUUGAUUGAACAAGAGAUAGACAGUCUUUUGGGGCCAGGUUAAGCUUAACUCUUAAGUAGAAGUCAGUGGUGUUGAAUAGUUGCUCAAGAACAAGAAAACAAUAAUGUUUUUUGUUUAGUCUGCCUUCUCUGACAGAGAUAAUUUAGGCUAUAGAAACUUACUGGCAAUAACUGGUAAUGUUGAAUUUUAGCAUUAUUUAAAAGAAUAAGAGUAGAAUUGAUAAAUGGAUGCAAACCUCACCAGUUUUCUAGUUAAUGCAAAACUUUUACAUCAUCAAAUUGACAGCUUCAAAUAGGGGUGGUCUCUCCCAUACUUAGAAUUACUGAGAAGCUAUGGAGUGAAUUUCUUAUGUAGUUUUUUUGCUAGUUCCUCUGGUAGUGAUUUUUUUAAUAAAUUCCAGUAAAUUGUUUUUAGUUUACUUGGAAAGACAAACCAAAAUCAGGUGAUGUGUCUAACCAAAAAUUUUCACUUACACCUAAAAAAGACUUCUUGUGAUGGAAUAAUGAGAUUUGGAACUGGAAGGUGGAGAUAGAGUUCUCCUGAAAGUCAGUUGCACUCAGUUGUGUUGUAACAUCAUUCAUUUUUACAUCAUAAACAAUUGGUAAAGUUUAUAGGAGGCUGGACUUGCAUCUUCUACAACAGCUUUCAUUCCUGAGCAAAUAGUUCUGCCAAAAUUAAUGAAGUAGAACUAUAAUUAUACCAUCUCUUUAACAUAAAAAAGGAAAAAUUACACUUCCAUUGUAACAAUCCUGUACAUAAAUUAUAAAGAUUUGUCUUGGUGAUUGCCAUGAAAGUUGUUUGUGAACUAUUAAAAGUCAUUUAGUUAAAAUUUGUUUACAACUAAUUAGUUUUAAUCUAUCAUAAAACUUCAAACAUUUAUGUUUGGAUUUGGAGUCAGUCUUGUUUAACAAUACAAAGUUACAUAAUUUUAUGAAUGUUGAAGUUACAGAAUUAGUGCUCAUGACUUUAACAAUAGUUAUAGAAAAUUAACUAUAUGGAAAAGCACUAAAAAUAAACAUAUAUAUAUAUAUGUGUGUGUGUAUUACCCUGAUGCAUAGAAUACUUGAAAUUAUUUGCCAUAAACCUAAAACUGUUAGUACUUACUGUUUUACAGUCCUAAUAGUCUAGCAGUUACUCUCACAAAUACCAGAGAAACUCUUAACAUGCUCUAAUGAGUGCUAGGACAAUGUUUUCUUUGGAUAUCUACAGAAAGGUGACUUAUUAUAUGGUACUGUUUUAAUCUUCAAAUGUCAAAUGAAAAUUCAGUAAAAAUGAGCUUUUAACUUUAACCUUGAAUGAGGUAUUUUCAUAGAAAUGAUAGAUUGUGUGGGCUCUAAAUAAAUAAAUAAAUUUAUGAUAGUUUGAUGU